UGAAACCCAAAAAAUUAUUUUGAGGGACGUUCUACUGACACGCAUUUUUAUCAUUUCGGUGUGUGGUUGACUCGCGUACUUUUGAAAAUAUUUUGAUGUAUUUCAAUGCUCUUCUUAGUCUUCUAAUAUCCAUUGUCGGAUAGCGAAAUUAUCGAGGUCUUUUGAAACGCGUUGAUGGACAACUGAUUUGUCACGUUUUCUGGUUCCCACAGUUGAGAUUUGAGAAGACCCUACGAUUUAUCGUGGAUUUUUAUUCCGCUUUUAAGAAUUCGCUGCUGACUGCAGUCUGCAUAGUCUGGAUUCCGCCAGAUUUUAGCCAGAAUCGUUGGGCGUUUCGGAAGUUGUGAAUUUUUGUUACCAUUUUCUUCUUUAACUGCGAGAAUGUCAUCGCGAGAUCCAGGCUCAGUGUUGUGCAGGUAUUUUUCUUCUGGCUGCUGCUACCGCGCAGAUUGCCCUUUUUCCCACGAUCGCUCCACCCCAGCAGACAACAUUUGCCGAUAUUAUUUGCAAGGCAACUGCUUUUACGGGAAUUCGUGUCGGUACGAUCAUGACAGAAACGUUCGGCAGACCGUUGCUGACACCGGAAACAACGGAUUUUGCCGAACGUCCGUCGAGCCGGUUAAGCCGAAACCCAAGAUGACCAGUCCAAGACAUUUGGUUCAUAGCGCGAUAAACGAGGAAGCUGCUGUAGACCGACCUCCCCCUGUAUCGUAUGCCCAAGCCGUGGAUUAUUCGGCCACGCCAUUGCCAUCUGAUGAUAUUGCAACCUCUUGUAUUGCUGUAUGCCAAUAUGCAAUGGUAGGAAUAUGCCCCGUAGGUGAUUCGUGUCAGAAUUGGCAUGGAGACCUGUGCGAGGUUUGUCAGUGCCAAGUUCUCGACCCAAACGAUCCCGUCCAGCGAUCGCAACACGAAGAGGCAUGCGCGGCCGCCUUCGAAAAAGACAUGGAAUAUUCGUUCGCUGUUCAACGUAGCCAAGAAAAGGCUUGCUCAAUCUGCAUGGAAACUGUUCUGGAUCAAGCAGACGAGACCAAAAGGCGUUUUGGAAUACUGGAAAAUUGCACACAUCCAUUCUGUUUUGAGUGUAUCAUGAAAUGGAGAAAACAGUCACGGGAAACUUUGGACCCCAAAGCCAUUCGAUCGUGCCCGGAAUGUCGUGUCCAUUCUGAUUAUGUAAUCCCCAGCCUGAUGUGGCCGGAAACCGAAAAGCACAAAACGGAAAUUAUAACUGCGUAUAAGAAACAGAUGGGAAAACGCCCGUGCAAACAUUACAAUCAAGGUCGUGGAACAUGUCCGUUCGGUGGAAAAUGUUGGUUUUUGCAUGCAUUACCGGAUGGUACUCCCGUAACCCUUCCGGAUCCAAAGCCCAGGCGGCGCGUUGUUGGCUCCAGAGGAGUAUCCUUGCCGACUACAUACGUGCUGGCUGAUUUUAUGGAUUUAUCGGAUGAAGACAGUGAUGACGACAUAUUCUAUGGGGAUGACGAUUAUUUCCUGUCGGACGAGGACGAAUAUCUGGAUGAUGUGGGAUGGUUCCACGGUCGUGUUAGUGAUUGGCGCGAAUUGUUUGACACUAUCAUGGGUCGUGACAACCCGUACAGAGUGGAUCGUGGACAGCCGUCCAACGUAGCCCAAACUGAAAACAGACCGCCGUCACCACCGGAUGUUGUGUUGGAAGCUGUUCCUGGACUAUUCGAAGCUUAGGGCUAUAGUGCAAAGAUUCAGAUCAAUUAAAUCAUAUCAUUUUCUAUUUUCGAGUAGGUUUGGGCUUUCAUUGAGCAUUGUUCACCAAAAGUACCUUUAAUUGUUAACACCGACUUUUGUCGAUAUUUAGUAGUAAAGUGAAACAUAAUAUUCACUUACUUGCUUAACUUACUUGCUGAUGUUUUUGGUGGUGUUUAAUGUUGAUUAAUCCUGUAUGUGAUCUGUGGCAUUAUGGGCGAUCAGUACUUAUUUAUCAUGAAUGCGCUGUGCUGUGCAGUGUUUGCAUGCGUGAUCCCGUUCGGGUUUUUGGAUAACUGACAGAGUCGACAAUCUUGAAUAAAAUUUCAACUUGCCAUGUGAAAAUCU